AGUCGCAGGAGGUGUCCCGUCUCCUUCAGCGUGUUGCUGCCUGCAAGGUGGGUAAGGUUGCCAAUUCUUCACCUCCUGCAUCUUUGAGGUAUUACUGGGCUAUCUGUAGCUUGUGGCAACAUCUUCGGUAAUGAAGUUGGAAGAGAGCUUUCUGUGCGUGGCAGCGGUUGCUCUGGGAGUAGAACCUAAAGUGGAACGCAGAUCAGGCAGUGCAAGGAAGGCAAGUCUUUGGAAAUAUCAGUCCUGUCAGUCUCUGCAGGCUGUCUGUGUUCGCUCAUAGAUGUCUCUGCCAUAAAAACUUUUUACUCCUGUCAUACUUGAUCCUAUUUGUUGAUAGUUUAAUAAGAAUAAUUUGAAUACAAGUUACUGAGUGUAUAAAGUUCCAAGAAAAGGAGGUGUCAGCUGGAUUUGUGCAUUUGUUUUGAGAUAACUGUUCAAUGAUUUUUGAGACUGGGAUGGAGGUGAUGAAGGGUGCAGCUGAAAACUCAGUGCCUGAUACAAUACACUGUUUUGAAAGUGUUAUUUGUCAGCUAUUUAUUGUGCUACGUAUGUAUAAAAACUGGUAGGGGAGAGAGGUGGGGGAAAGAAUUGACCAAAAUACCCAUUAAAAUACAUUGUCAAGGCCCAAAAAACGAACGUGAAGUUGGAAGUUCCUCAUAGUUGUCAUGACUUCUGUGUUUGCCUUUGGCUCCUACAGCUUCCUUUUUUUUUUUUAUCUGACUGAAAUUGACACUGACUGUAGGAGGGUCAGGCUGCAGAUCAGUAUCUGGCUUUUGAUGGUAGCCAGAGAAGAGUGUGAUUGAGGCAAAGUGUAUAAUAAGACAAACACAGAUUGUCCUUCCUCCAGCAUGCCCUCCUGGUUUCUAUCCCUGGCCUCUGUGUUGUUUCUGGUUCUUUCUGGUGCUCAUAUUCUUUCUGGGGUCAUACUGUGGUGUAUGAAAAAAAGUAAUGGCGUUGUUUUGUGUAUUCCCUUCAAAAUACACAAAGGUGCCAAAAUAAUGCAUGUUCUUAACUCUGUAGAUGUGCAGUUAACCCAUCUGCUUUGCUGGGACUAAAGAAUACCUGGUGGUUGGGCUUUUUCUUCCCUGCUCAUAGUGCUUGGAUGCUUUGUUGGGUUUGUUGGACACUGACCUUUGACUUGCACGUGUGGCAGGAUGCUGAAGCUCACCCAUCAUAGAAUCACUCAGGUUGGAAAAGACCUUAAAGAUCAUCAAGUCCAACCACAACCUGACUGUACUACCCUAACGCUAACAGCCCUCCACUAAAUCACAUCCCUGAGCACCACAUCCAGACAGGUUUUAAACACAUCCAGGGAUGGUGACUCAACCACCUCCCUGGGGAGCCCAUUCCAGUGCUUAACAGCCCUUUCUGUAAAGAAGUGUUUCCUAAUAUCCAACCUAAACUUACCCUGGCAGAAUUUAAGGCUGUUUCCCUGUCCGCACUUUGUAUUUUGGAUUAGGAUUCCUUGUAUUGUAACUUGUUUAUUUGUCCCGUGGCUUUUGUGAGUGUGGAAAGAACUGAGCAGUCCCUAUGAAUAUAUCCUACUGUACAUCCUGCUAAACAGGUUGAUGGGUAUCAGAAUAGUUGCUAUCUCCAUUACACUGAGUAGUUGAAUAAAAAAUUAAUUGCUGGUUACACUGGAAUUUUCAGAGUGUAUUGCUGUGAUGGAUCUGAGAGGUUUGUCUGUGGCAGCUUUGUAAUUUUGACUUUCCUGCCUCACUUCCAAGAAAAUAACACUUUAUACCCAAAUGAACAUUUUAGUUUUCAACUUUCAGCAUCAGAACGAUGAGAUGUGGGUUUGUGUCACUCUGCUUUUCCUGGGUGAUGUCAGCUUUCCCUGCUGUAACGCUGGCUCUGAGGUUAUGUAGCAUCCCCACCUCUCUUAGGUGCUGCAUGUUUACUUGUCUCUCAACAGAAUGCUUGCUUUGCUAGCUUGUAUGGUGCUUAGCAAUUGGAGACGCAUCUCUGUGGCUCCUCAGGAUUGUUUUAUUUUAUGCAAGCUGGUGAAUUCCUUAAAUUAGAAAUAUAACACAUAGUAUUCUGGCUAUUUGGAUGAUUUCACUAUAAGAAGAACCUAGAAAGCCUUUUUGUUAUAGUGUUUUACCAUAGAAUUGACUCUGCCAAGCAAUUCUGCUUACUGCAUUUGAUUACUGGAAGUCUGCAAAAACAAACCUUUCUGGCAGUGGAGGGCUGGAAGAGGACCAUUGUGGCUGACCCACAUGGAGGCACUGCUGGAGAUAGCCCUGGGCUCAGUGAAGGUGACAAAAUUGUGUUGAUCCUUUAGACUUAACAUGAGAAAAGGCUUUUCUUCCCUUUCUGCUUGUUACUACUUUCUUUCCCCUAACGUGGCUGAGUGGAUAGAGCACUGCAGUACCAGAUGUACCUGAUUACGUAUUGCCCUGUUCUUACAAUGGAAGAUUUUUUUUUUUUCUGUGGAGGGAAUGAUUUUGUUUUCUUUUAUGAGUUUCCCUUCAUUUUCUAAAAUCUAUCCCAGGGUUUGAAAUCAGCAGUAAAUCUGCAUCUCAGGAUAUUUUUAUAAGAACUUGCCCUAGGAAUGUGGGUGUCAGGACGUUACUUCCAGCAUGCAGAGGAAUUAAGAAUGUGCUGGUCAAGCCAAAAUUCAAGUAGCGUUUCAUAGAGUCACAGAAUGGUUUGGGUUGGAAGGGACCUUAGAGAUCAUCGUGUUCCAGCCCCCUGCUAUGGGCAAGGACACCUCCCACCAGAUUCAGCAGUGGUUUUGGUAUGAGGUCAUCUUGCAAUUAACGUAAUAGCUAUGGAUAUUUUCUUUGGGUCAGUCACUCAUUAAUUCAAGUAACUGUUCUCUGUUCAAAUACUUCUACGUCAUCUUAGCUGCAGAAACUGCACAGCUGAAGUACAGAGAUAAUGUCAAGUUCAAGGUAUGCUUUCAGUAAACAGGAAAAUGUACAAAGUGAGCAGAGAAUUACACAUGUGCACUGUGAAUGGGAGAAUACGGAAAUGAUACGUGCUGAAGCUUGUUUCUGUGUGUUACCAUCACAGUUCAACAGGCAUAGGAUUAAGGCAUACAGUAGUUAAAGCCGUUCACUGUGCUACAUUCAGGUUUCUCAAUUUGAAGCAGUUAUCCUGACUUCCGCGAGGUUUCAGUUUCAGUUCACCACGGCCUUUAAAAUAACCAUUCUCUUCUCAUACUUUCAUGUUAGAAGCUCGGGUGGCUGUCUGACCAAGGCUCAUAGGCCCUCUCAUUCUGGAAAAUCUGUAAGUGAGGAAUAUGAAGAAGUGUGGAGUGGCUGCUCACAGUUCAGGAUUGCCUGCAGCAGCUGAUGGAAUGAAAGACGUGUAGCGUUUGAUUAAUUACAGUUUAACAGUGUUUGAGAAAUAGAAAUGUUAUUGUCUAUUUGUACUUGGCUAGUAUGAAAUUAAUUUCUGAGAUUAAGGACAGAGCACUGGAAAUCCACGUUAAAUCUGUGGAAUUUACUAUUCCCAGAAUGCACUUUGCAGAUUUCAGAUGAGAAUUGUAAGCUAUGGCGGUGGUUAUGUUGAAGAAGAGGGACAUUACUGACCCUGAAGGCAGGCAGCGGCAGGCAAGAAGUCACCAUUUCUCUUGUGUUUCAGUGACGUUUGUUGGAAGCGAUGCUCCAUGAGGUGUGUGUUUGGCAGGGAGAAAGGCUGGCACCCAGAUCUCUGCUGCCUGUAUCACACUGCUCUUCCAUAUGGUCUCUUCUGCAUUACGUAAUGCGUUUGUAAUGGGAAAUAAUACCCUGUGCAGAAACUACCUGCUUGAAACUUUCAGUAUGUUUUAAUAGAGAAAGGCUGUCCCAUAGUCCUAUAGGCUAAAUUAGGCCAUUUUUCACUAAAGGAAUAAAAGAUUAAAUCUAUUUAAAGCAAUGGUUGCCCUAUGCUACUUCAGCCGAGAAUAAUCGGGUACUCUUUGAAGAGAACUCUUUGCUGCUACCUUUAAUUUUCCAAAUGCAAAAGAGAUUGGCUCAAGAAGAUUGGCGUGGUGUUCAGUUGGUGGCAGCUAACAGUGUGAACGUGUGCUUGAGUUGCUCGUUUGUGCUGUUUGCUUUAUCUUGGAGGUAGAGAUUGGAGAUAGUGUGCUGAAGUGAGUUGUUUGAGAUUCUGAUAAGCUACCCAGUGAGCCUGUAUACCCGAAGUUCAUGUAUCUGUGCUGUGCUGUGUGUUGGUGGGGGUUUGUUUGCUUUUCCUUCCAUAAAAUACCCAUAAAGACUGAUAGGCUAUCCCUCUUCAGGAUAGUGGGAGCCGCUUUAUUUAUGCUUACUUCUCAGGUGUACACUUUCAAAGGGGAUUGUUAGGGAAAAGACUUAAUGGGCAGCAAAUCAAACAUAUUUCCUUAAAUUGCUUGCAUACAAAUUGGAUUAGCUAGCAUUGCUUGCGCUUGUGAACAGCGUGAAGUAGUAUGUUUGAGUGAGAAGUGUGUAAGCUAGUGUUAGCUGCCUGUCACCUGAUGGCUCAUGCCACUAACUGUGGCCAAAUCUUAGGCCUGGGGCAUUGCUUCUUUUUAAAAACUCACUCCCCAACCUUAUUUUAACUCUGUUCCUUUAUCUGGUCUGAUAGUUUGUUUACCAUUUGCGAUGCCCUUCUCCCCACAUGUUCCACAUUGUAGUUCACACUGGUCGUUCUGUUUUUUAAUGUGCUUCUCAUCUUCCCUCUUGCCUGUGGUUUGCAGCGGUUGAUGAUCUCAGCAGAAGAGGAGAGGUGCCGCUUCUCUCUUGGGCUGUAAAUGUCAGCUGCUUCCUUGCCUGAGUCACCGUGCUCCGCAGUCCCAGCAUGCCUGCCAGCGCCCCGACAGGCCUGGAGUCAACAGGAAUGAAAACAGGCUUUUUCCCUGAGUGGUUCCAAAUGGAAUCUUUGCAGUGUUUAAGUGGCCCGGUAGCUUAUGUGUAAUCCAGAACUCCAGCUCAGGAAAGCUGUUUCUCUCCUUUAUAAUAAAUGCCUUAGUAUGCACAGUGCGAUCAGUUCAGAAUUCGUUCUGUAAGCUGUGCAUGCAGAAUGCUCUGAAGCGGAAUAGACGUUUUCUUGUUUAUGUAGUUCUCUUUUGAAUCUGUUUUCCUUUUAAUAGUUGGCUAUAAGAUUGACGUAGAACCAGUCUGUGUCGAGGCCUCCUGUAUCCUCUGUAUCUAGGCACCCGGGCCAGGAAUUGAAAACAGCCUGCCCUCUGUGAACAGACUGAUUAUUUGCUGUGGUGUAUUAAGUAGAAAUUCACUUUCACGGAGGGGACAGAGCUGCCAAAAUAAGCUGUGUGGUUUUUCAGUUGUGUGGUCAUUCUUUGUUUCUUUGUUUUGUUUAUUUGAGUUCUUACCAUUGCUUUCAUAGAAACUGGAUUUUUUUAAUACAUAUGCAUGGCAGUAUAUUUUAAUAUGUGUACAGCUGGGAUCUCUUUAUAUUAGGUUGAUUUUAAUCUAGGGGAACAUUAUCAGUAAGGCAAGUAAAUGCUAGUUUUUGUUUUUUCCAGGUGUGUUUUGAGCUGUGUUUCACAUCCAGAGAUAGGGCACAGGUAGGACUCUGGGAAGCAGCUUAUGGAUGGCAAAGCAGCAGUUAGUAUGAACAGAGAGGUUCAGCUUCUUGUAUGAAGAUGGCAAAGAGAAAUGGAGAUGAAGGGCAGAAUCAGAGUGGUGAUGAUCUUGGUGACAUGUAAACAGAGUGGGAUUUGCAGUAACAAUUUUGACAUGCUUCAGCAUAGGAAGCGGUGGUAAAGAUUGCGUGAUUUGUGUGUGUAUCACUGGCAGCGUGAGUCGUUUCCAGUGCCCUAAGCAGGAAAUCAGAAUGAAAUGCACAUUACCUCUAUGUGAACUAGAAAUGUGAGUCACGUAGCGCUUGUGUUUUCAGGUUAAGUUAGCUUUAUGCUCUUUUUGCUUGUGUGUGUUGUAUUGAGGGAACAGAUGACCCUUUUCAGUGUACAUCUGUGCUUUGCACAUCUGUUAGCAGAAGAGAAAUCACUGCGUAGCCAUGUGGGACCUUCCUCUGAGAAGGCUUCCAAGAGUCCCUUGGAAAAUCUUUGUUCUGAAAAUAAGUAGAGUUUAUUCACCAGUGCUGUGUUUUGGUUAUGAGAUUAUCAGUGGAACUGUAUGGCUUUGGAUGUUCAUCGUUCAUACGGGAUCUGAUUUGGCUUGCCUGAUAAAGGAAAAUGUGAAUCUGAUUGUUCCGCACUGCCCCGGGAGAAGAUUGGAAGCUUUCCCUUAAAACGUGCUUCAUUUUUGUAUCUGUGAAAACAGAUACAUCAGUGUUCAGCUUGUUUCUAUGUUGUCUUUUUCAUAGAUGUUAUCAAGUUUUAUCAAAGCUUUUGUGCUGUCGAAUAUAAUACUGAUUAUUUUUAAAGAAAAUAUAUCAUUUUUCUUUGUUUGUGUGUCUUCGUGAUGUGGUUUUCCAGUUUACAUGCAGUAUGAAAUACAUGGAAGAGUUAGGGAGGGGGGGAAUUGAGAAACACCUCCAUCCUGUGUCUCCUCCUCUUGUACAGUGGGGUAAGCUAGUGUAGGGAGUUGCAGUGAACUCAUGGUGCCUGACUGGAAGGAAGUGCUGUAGCUCCUGGGUCUGGGCUGUCUGAUGAUUAGGAUGUAUAUGUGGUGUCUGUGGCAGAAAGCUGCUGACCUGAGAUGGAAGUCAGAACGUCGUUUAGCAAAGCCAGAAGAAUUCCUGAAGCCGUAUCCACAUUAAUUAACGAAGAAUUUGUCGUGGUUCACCAGCAAACUGAGGACUCCUCUGGGAAAAAUGCAAAACCUCAGCUAAAGGUGUUUUCAAAUGGAGAUGAUCAACUGGAGAAGGCAAUGGAGGAGAUACUGAGGGAUUCUGAAAAAGACCAGAACAACUCCACUGCUCUCCCCGAAGGUUCCAGUGAUGCAUGCAGCCAGGCAUCUGGACUUGGCUCAGCAGGUCAAACAAAUCAGCCGUCCUUGCAACUUGUUUUAGACCCUUCUACUACAGAAGUGUCUGCACGAAGGUCAUCUUCUCCCAGUGAACCCUUGGAAGAGGACAGUGUAUUGUUUAACAAACUGACUUACCUGGGUAGCAUGAAAGUGUCUGCCCCUCGGAAUGAGCCAGAAGCUCUACGUGCCAUGGCAAACAUGAAAUCCUCCAGUCAGGCCCCUCUAUCUGUAACACUCUAUGUUCCAAAUGUUCCAGAAGGCUCUGUAAGAAUAAUAGAUCAGUCAAGCAAUGUGGAGAUAGCCUCUUUCCCAAUCUAUAAAGUGUUGUUUUGUGUGCGUGGACAGAAUGGGACUUCAGAAAGUGACUGUUUUGCGUUUACUGAAAGCAGUUGUGGAACAGAAGAGUUCCAGAUUCAUGUUUUCUCCUGUGAAAUUAAAGAGGCAGUCAGCCGAAUUUUAUAUAGCUUUUCCACAGCGUUCAAACGUUCUUCCAAACAAGCAUCUGAUCACGUUAAGGACUUUGUUCUUCAUACUCCAGACAGUGAUGUGUACACUUUCAGUGUUUCCUUAGAAGUCAAAGAAGAUGAUGGAAAAGGAAAUUUCAGCCCUGUGCCAAAGGACAGAGACAAAUUAUAUUUCAAACUUAAACAGGGAAUUGAGAAGAAAGUGGUGAUUACAGUUCAACAGCUCUCGAACAAAGAACUGGCCAUUGAAAGAUGCUUUGGGAUGCUGCUGAGUCCUGGAAGAAACGUGAAGAACAGUGACAUGCAUUUACUAGACAUGGAAUCCAUGGGAAAAAGCUCUGAUGGGAAGGCUUAUGUAAUUACUGGAAUAUGGAAUCCUAACGCACCUAUGUUUCUAGUACUUAAUGAGGAAACACCUAAAGAUAAGCGUGUGUACAUGACUGUGGCCGUGGAUAUGGUUGUUACUGAGGUAGUAGAACCAGUGCGGUUCUUGCUGGAGACUGUUGUGCGCGUGUAUCCUGCCAACGAACGCUUCUGGUACUUCAGCAGGAAAACCUUCACAGAAACUUUCUAUAUGAAGCUGAAGCAGUCUGAAGGAAAAAGCCACACCAGUGCUGGGGAUCCCAUUUAUGAAGUUGCAAGUCUACAAAGAGAGUCUGCAAGAGAAGAGCAACUGCUCAGCCCAACAAGUGGAGGGGGGCCUGUAUCAUCCCAGGAAGAUGAGGCAGAAGAAGAGAGUGAUAAUGAACUUUCCAGUGGCACUGGUGAUGUGUCAAAGGAUUGUCCUGAGAAGAUUUUGUAUUCCUGGGGAGAAUUACUAGGGAGAUGGCACAAUAACCUUGUGGUGAGACCCAACGGAUUGUCCACACUGGUGAAGAGAGGAGUUCCUGAGGCACUGAGGGCAGAGGUUUGGCAGCUGCUGGCAGGAUGCCACGACAAUGAGGCAAUGCUGGAUAAAUACAGAAUUCUCAUCACAAUGGAUUCUGCUCAGGAGAAUGUCAUUACGCGAGAUAUUCAUCGCACGUUUCCAGCACACGAUUAUUUCAAAGAUACAGAAGGAGACGGUCAGGAAUCUCUAUACAAGAUCUGCAAGGCAUACUCUGUCUAUGAUGAAGACAUUGGCUAUUGCCAGGGACAGUCCUUCCUUGCAGCUGUGCUACUGCUUCAUAUGCCGGAGGAGCAGGCCUUCUGCGUGUUUGUGAAAAUUAUGUAUGACUAUGGCUUGCGGGACCUCUACAGAAAUAACUUUGAAGAUCUCCAUUGCAAGUUUUUCCAGCUGGAGAAGCUAAUGCAGGAGCAGUUGCCUGAUUUGUAUAGCCAUUUCUCAGACCUCAACUUGGAAGCUCAUAUGUACGCAUCCCAGUGGUUCCUCACACUUUUUACUGCCAAAUUUCCACUCUGCAUGGUCUUCCACAUCAUUGAUUUACUACUUUGUGAGGGUAUGAACAUAAUCUUUCACGUAGCCCUGGCUCUCUUGAAGACCUCCAAAGAGGACCUUCUACAAGCUGAUUUUGAAGGAGCUUUAAAGUUCUUCAGGGUUCAGUUGCCCAAGAGGUACAGAGCUGAGGAGAACGCCAGGAGGCUGAUGGAACAAGCCUGCAACAUCAAGGUGCCAACAAAAAAACUGAAGAAAUAUGAGAGAGAGUACCAAACAAUGCGAGAGAGUCAGCUGCAGCAGGAAGAUCCUAUGGACAGAUACAAGAGGGAAAACCGCAGGCUCCAAGAAGCUAGCAUGAGGCUGGAGCAGGAAAAUGAUGACCUUGCCCAUGAGCUUGUAACAAGCAAAAUUGCCUUACGGAAUGACCUGGACCAGGCUGAAGACAAAGCAGAUGUUCUGAAUAAAGAACUUCUCCUGACCAAACAGAAACUGGUGGAGACUGAGGAAGAGAAACGGAAGCAGGAAGAGGAAACUGCCCAGCUGAAGGAAGUCUUCAGGAAGCAACUGGAGAAGGCAGAAUCUGAGAUUAAGAAAACCACAGCUAUUAUUGCAGACUAUAAACAGAUUUGUUCCCAGCUGAGUACCAGGCUGGAAAAACAACAGACAGCCAGUAAAGAUGAACUGGAAGUUGUAAAGGGUAAAGUGAUGGCCUGCAAACACUGCAGUGAGAUUUUCAGUAAGGAGGGGACACUGAAGCUGCCUGCUCUAAGCCUGGAUAAUAAAGGCUUAGAAAUAGAUGAUGAGAAGGAUGCACUGAAGAAGCAGCUGAGAGAGAUGGAGCUGGAACUUGCACAGACCAAACUGCAGCUUGUGGAAGCCAAGUGCAAAAUUCAGGAGCUGGAGCACCAGAGGGGAGCCCUUAUGAAUGAAAUCCAAGCUGCCAAAAACUCUUGGUUUAGCAAAACCCUGAACUCUAUCAAAACUGCCACAGGCACACAGCCACCGCAGCAGCCUCAGCCAUCCCUGCCACCCAAGGAGGGCAGCACAUAGUUCCAGCCAGACCUAUCACAAGAGCACAAAGAACAACACAACUGAAACCCUGGGGGAGCCUUCCAGUGGUCUCUCCUCUCGGGUAAAGGACAAAAGGCAGGAGUGCAGGCUUGAAGUGAAAUUCUUCAGUGUUUUUCAUUCAUUCUGAUGUGACCCUUUUCAAAAAGGGUAAAAAUAUAUUGUUUUACGUUGAAUUCCUACUUCCCAAACUGCCUUGCUGAAAGCCACGUUCUGAUACCUUCAUACUUUUACACUUUAUUUUAUAUGACUAGAUGUUAAAAUAAAUAAUUCAAAACUAGCUCUUUAAUACAUGACUAAUGAUUCAGAAUUAUUUUUAUCUCGCAUAGAAGGUUUUUUCUUCUGGAAGAGGAGGAGAGAGAAUGUCAAAUGUAAAGUACUGCAGCAUCAUCUCUUCCCAGAAAGCACAGUGUAACAAGUACUAGUGUGUGUGCAAGUGUCUAAGGAUAACUUAUGCCCUGGGACCAUCUCAGAAGUUUAUCGCAGUGACUGCGUCCUGCAGAGAAGCACUUUUUGUAAAGCUUAGGCAGAGAUGGCCUUGUGCUCUCAUGGCACAGUUGUUCAUGAGCUUCCCCAAGAAUUUCAUGGUUGUUUGGGUUGUUUUUUCUUCGGAAAUGCAAGUUGUGCAGUUCUUUGUAGCACUGAGUAGCACUGUUGUUUAGAGGUUAUUUACAGCUGAACUGGAACUUAACAAAGUUACCUAGUUCCCCUUUUUUAUUUCAUGUUUAUACUGAGAACUCCAAGAAGUCAUUCCUUCCACUGGGAGAAAGGGAAAACUGUUGGAAAUUUGAUUGCUUAGCAGAGGAAAGACCUUGCAUAGUUGUGACCUUUUGUAAAUCCCGUGCAAUAAAGCAGAGCUUUUAUGAAUCCAAUGAACAGAAACCUCUCCCUGGGUCUAUUUGCAGAUUUUCAAUUUGACACAGAAAUGAGGUAUGAGAUACAAACCCAAAAGGCUUUUUGCUGCACUGAUGAAUAAAACAUCACAGAAGCGGGAUCUGUUUGCUAUUAAUAUUUGGCUAGGAAAUGCUAUGUUGAUAGUACUUAUUUUAUAAAAACAAACAUUUUCAAGUGAAAUACAGAACUUAGACUUUUCCCAUGGGAUAGACUUCUCUGAUGAUUCCCAAACCUGUCUGGUUGUUUUAUAUGUCUAAGGUAAGAAAACUCAAAAGUGUUUGUUUUGACUGGAACAUAAAGUGUUUAUAGAAAGACUUAUUUCAUGGAAGAUUAAACUAUUGCUUGAACUGAUGGAAUAUUUUUUUAAUUAUACCUCUCAUGUCUAUAAAAUGGUCUUGCAGGUAAAUAUCGCUGCUGAACAAAAGGUUGUGUAGUAAUUGUUCCAUUUACAACGCUGUUCCAGGUGUAGCAGUUCUGUUUUGACUUGGUUGGUUGUUGGUUUUUUUUUUUAAUUUGAAGGAAUGCCAUAUCUUGUCAGUUUUGUAUAAUAAAAUUUAAUGAUACUCA